UCACUACUGCAGCCGUCGCUGUGAUCGUCGCUGAAAAUUAAGCAGACGUGCUGACUGGUAUUCACAGUCCGGAUGUCCCAUAUGUGGUGGAGAGAAAGUCCAACCCGCCCAUUCGCGGAUGGAUCAUUUGCGCCGCUGCCUUCAUUUUGGAAUAUGUUCGCUUUAUCAGGGAGAUGAUAUGGCGCAACGCCGGCUUCGGCGACCUACGCAAGAUUCGCCCCUAUAUCGAGGACUAUGAGCCAUGGUUUGAGCCUCAGAUCGUACCCUAUCCGGAUUUUGAGACUACCGAUGAAGUUAAGGAUGACCUUGAGGAUGACGAAAUCCCGGAAACUGAGGCGGCCAAGCGAGACGACCUCCGCCACAGAUAUCCCCAGGCAAAUUAUUACUCAGUGGAGGACUAUCGGAAACUCUACCUCUCAGGCGCACUCACACCGUUGGACGUUACCCAAGCUCUGCUGCCCCUGAUCCGUCGCGACGUCGAGAACCCUACCGAGUACUCUUCAGCAUGGUUCGACAGCAAGGUGGACAAAGUUUUGGCUGCGGCAACGGCGUCGACGCAGCGGUACAAGGAAGGACGCUCUCUUGGUCCCUUGGAUGGCGUUCCUACUGGUGUCAAGGACGAGUACGACAUUGACGGCUACGAAACCAACCUUGGCUCGAAAAACAUCUACACAGGAACCAUUCACGAGGAAGAUUCCAUCACGACCUGGUGUGUGCGCAAGCUGCAAGAAUCCGGCGCCAUCAUCCUCGGCAAGCUUUCCAUGCACGAAUUCGGUCUCGACACCACCGGCAACAACCCGGUUCACGGUACUCCCAGAAACCCUCACAACCCCAACUACUACACAGGCGGCAGCUCCUCUGGCACCGGCUAUGCCGUCAGUGCCGGUCUCAUCCCUAUCGGUCUCGGCAGCGACGGCGGCGGCAGCAUUCGCAUCCCCUCCAGUCUCUGCGGCGUGUUUGGUAUCAAGCCCACCCACGGCCGUCUCUCUUUCAAGCCCGGCCAAAACCACUGCCUGACCUGCGCCUGUCUCGGUCCCAUCGCUGCGGACAUCAAGUCCCUCGCCACCGUCUUCCAAGUUAUCUGCAAGCCUCACCCGUCCUCUCCCUUCCCGCCCUUGAAGCGCCUCAGCUUGACCGGCCCUCCCAACGGCGGUAGCCACCCCAAAGUCCUCGGUAUCCCCUCCGCCUGGUUCGCUCGCGCCACGCCCGCCAUCCAAACCCUCUGCAACACCAUGAUCCGGCGCCUCUGCUCCGACCACGGCUAUACGGCAGUGGAAAUAGACAUCCCCUUUCUUCCCGAGGGCCAAAUCGCGCACGCCAUCACCGUUCUCACCGACGCCGCCACCCUCCUCCCGGAAACCAGCAACCUGACCUACGGCAAUCGCAUCCUUAUCGCCCUUGGUACCGUCACGCCCGCCUCUGAUUACAUGCUAGCCAUGAAGCUGCGCCGCGUACUGAUGCAGCACCUCUCCUGGCUGUGGCAGCAAUACCCGGGGAUGUUGAUUGUCACCCCCACAACCAGCUGCGAGGGCUUGCCGAUCAAGAGCAAGAGCGAGCUGAAGUGGGGCGUGAAUGAUGGGGAUAGAACGCUGCAGAGCAUGGAGUAUGUUUGGCUGGCGAAUUUCUGUGGACUGCCAAGCAUCUCGGUGCCCGCUGGGUUUGUCAGUCCAGAGUCGGGGUUGGUGAACGAUAUGGACGUGCAAGGGAGAGGGGAGGUGCCCGUAGGAUUGAUGGCUAUGGGAGAGUGGUGCGCAGAGGAGCAGUUGUUGCAGUUUGGAGCCGUGUGUGAGGAGGCGGGCGCUGAUAGGAGGAGACGGCCGCCGAUUUGGGUCGAUGUGGUGAAGAAGGCUAAAGAGGAGGUUGCGCAGCGGGGGUAGAUGAAGGAGAUGGGGGUUGAGUCUCAAAUUGGGGUGAUGUCUGUUUUGGAGAGCAGGGUUUGGCCAGAGGGUCGAAGAGAGACUGUGGAAUGUCGUGUAGUAU